GCAGGUGUACGAGUAGCCCAAGUUCGCGCUAUUUUCACCCUACCUCGCCAGUUCGGUGCAUAUCCCAGAGCCCUCGCUUAUGUCGAGUGGUUCACACCUUUCAAACCACCUGACCCUUCCUCUCGAAUGCGACAGGUCUCGCGCUCAACCCGCCAACUUCGGCGCAAUGCUGCUGUAGUCCACAUUGACGAAAUUGUGCGGCCGUGCCAUUUAAUACCGAGGAUGGGACAGUCAGUAGAUUUGAGGUUGAGAAGCGGGAAUGCAUACGAGGUGGCGAACGAUUUUUAUUUCAACGAGUUCAUUGAUGGCGAAAUGUUUUGCGCAUGUGUUAUAAAGUAA